GCUUCCCCGAGCGGCCGGGGGGGAGCCCCGGACCCCCCGAGCAUCGCCGGCACCGGGGGGUCCUCCGCGGGGCCCGGGGGGGGCCCGGGAGGGGGGUCCCGACCCUCCUUUCCCGUCGUCCCGGAGCCGCCGCCGUCAUGCAGGAGAACUACGAGUCCCUGAUCCUGCUGGAUUUCCCCAUCCCCAAACCCACCGUGGUGUCCCGGCUGGAGCUGGAGGAGGAACUGGGCGAACUGGGCGUGCCGGACCCCAACGACUCCAAGGAGUGGCAGAUCCUCAGGGUGGCCCCCGCAGAUGACGGCACGGGCAGCGAGGAGGAGGAGGAGGAGGAAGAGUCGGAGUCCCCCGAACCCCCCGAGCUGGACGCCGCCCUGCCCCGCCCCGAGGAGGGGGUCCCGCAGCCCCCCGCCCCCCUCGGGGAGUGCUGCCAGCCCCCCUGGCACCCCUGGGACCCCCCCCACCCUCCCGCGCAGCCCCCCGCCCGCCUCCCGCGGGGCGGGGGGGGUCGCGGGGGCCGGCGCGGGGGUCGCGGCGGGGGCGGCCCGAGGGGCUUCGGGCACCGCUGCGGGCGGAGCGGCUUCGGCCCCACGGCGGAGGAGAAGCCCUACAAGUGCCUGGACUGCGGGAAGAGCUUCACCCGCAGCUCCAACCGCAACGCCCACCGCCAGCGCCUGCACUCGGGGGGGCGCGGGGGGGGCCCGGACAAGCAGCGCCAGGACCACCGGGACCACCGGGACCCCCCCCAGCUCGCCUGCGGCAAGUGCGGGCAGAGCUUCGGCUGGAGCGCCGAGCUGGGCGGGCACCGGCGCGGGGAGAGACCCGGGCAGAGACCCCGGGAGAGACCCGGGCAGAGACCCCCGCCCGGCUGCGGGGAGUGCGGGAGGAGCCCCGGGCGCGGCCCCGAGCUCGGCACCCACCUGAGGACGCACCCGCGGGGCGAGAGACCCUUCGCCUGCCCCGACUGCGGGAGGAGCUUCAGCUACAGCUCGGCCUUCCUCAAGCACCGCCGGGGGCACGGAGGGGACGGGGAGGGGGGGGAGGAGGAGGAGAAGCCCCCCUUGCCCUGCCCCAGCUGCGGGAAGAGCUUCGCGGGGAGUUCGGCGCUGCUGCGGCACCAGCGGAGCCACUCGGGGCGGGCCCGGCCCCGCUGCGGGAGGGGCUUCCCGGGGGGCUCGACCCUCCCGACCCUCCCGACCCUCCCGUCCCACCGGCGCGGCCGCGGCGCCGCCGGGCAGGGCGAGAAGCCCCACAAGUGCGGCGACUGCGGGAAGGGCUUCGGGGGCAGCUCCGCGCUCGUCCGGCACCAGCGGCUCCACCUGGGGUAG